GCCUCCCAUAGCUGCUGCCCAGGCCCUAAUCUGCCAUGGGCCCCCUAUUACCGCCGCCUCAUGCUGCUUCCAGGCCUGUAAUCUGCCAUGGGCCCCCGUACCGGCUGGUCACGCUGCUGCUGGGUCCACAGUGUGACAUGGGUCCCUGUACCGCCUCCCAUUGCUUCCACUCUGGCCAUGUGCCACUUUGAGGUCUCCUCACACUCCUGCUGGUUUCCAUUUUGUCAUAGGUUGCUGUAUGGCCUCCCAUUGCUGCUGCCUCCAUCCGCCACACUGUGGCUCCAAACACUGGUUUUGGCCCCCGUGACUGGCCAAAUGAGUGAAGUGUUGCCGGUGAUUCUAAGAUCGACGGCACUCAUCUGCAUGUCAUACUGACUGACAGAAUUAUUUCUCUUCCCCAGCAGACUAACAAGGGCAAUUUAAAUUAAAUGGUACAGUGUUCUGCACUAAUAUUA